GGCGAAAAGUGGGUAAAGGGCUUUAUGCGUCGUAAUAAUUUUAGCAAUCGGCAUCAUACUACUGUAGUACAAAAAUUGCCUGAGGAUUUAGAACCUCUAAAAAAUGAAUUUUUAAAAAAUAUUUGGAGUCCCCGUACUCUUUUGUUUGUUAAUCCUCGUUCUUUACUUGUUAUGGAUUCAUUUAGUGGUCAUACAACAGAUCUAGUUAAAAAUAGAUUUAAAGAAAAAAAUACCAACUUCGCAAUUAUUCCAAGUGGGCUUACUAAAAAAUUACAGCCAUUAGACGUAUAUAUUAAUAAAUCAUUCAAAGACAAGAUAGGAGAAGAAAUUAAGAAACUAACACCUACGGGUCAUAUUCAGCGUCCUGCCUAUAAUAUAGUAGCUGAUAUUUCUACUACUCAAGAUAGUUCCGAAGAAGAUAUUAUAUUCAAUUAUAAUUGGGUAAAAGACCCAGAAGUUCGAAAAAAAAGUAAUUUUAUAUAUGUCAAUGUAGAUAAUUCAGAUAACAAUGAAAGUAUCGUUGAUUUAACUCAAGACAAUAACUCAAAUAAUAAUGAAAGUUUCGUUGAUUUAACUCAAGAUGAUAAUAACGAUGACAAUCAUAAUGAAAUCAAUAAUAGUGACAAUAAUAAUAAUUGGGAUGAAAAUGAAGAAAACGAUUGGAACGAAGGUUGGAAUACAGAUUGUAAUGAUGAUUGGAAUAAAAAUCAAAAUAAAGAUUGGAAUGAAGAUCUGAAUGAAGAAUGGAAUGAUAGUCAGAAUGAAAGUAAUGCUAAUAAGUCAAACUAUUCAAGUUAUUCAGAUGCGCAUGUAUAUUAUGAUGAAGAUAUAGAUAUAUAUUAUGAUGAUAAAGUAGUCGAAUAUACUAAUUCAUGGGAUCAGAAACUUUCAGAGCCAUAA